CGUGCCGUCCUCUCUCAGGUCCUUCAAAAACUGGGCAAAACCAUGGAGACCAAGGACGAACAGUUCGAGGUGUGCGUUCAGAGCCUCAACAAACAACAGGGUGAUGGCAACAGGCUGUUUAAAGAUGUCAAAGCCUACCAUGCUGCAGUGAAAGCCAUGCAUGACACGUCCAAGCGUUUGUCCCAGACGCUGCGGGAGGUCUACGAGCCGGAGUGGAACGGAGUGGAGGACUUCGCUGUCAUCACAGAGAGUGAAGACUUGCUGUGGAACGACUACGAAGAGAAGCUCAGUGACCAGAUCGUCCGCACCAUGGAGAACUACACCAGCCAGUUCCCAGAGGUCAAGGUAACCUGAGGCUUUUUACCUUUUACA